ACAAUCCUAUAGCCGUCUUAUUAUUAAAGUUAUUGCCAUCAUUGUUGCUUCUUUUUUCUCCAGCCUCGAGCAGUGUUUCAUGUACUUUGUUCUGUUUAUUGGCUUUCAAAGACGUACGUACGGCGUUGGUUUCCGAGUACUAUAAUUUGUUGAUGAGCAGUAGUAAUUAAUUAGCAUAUAGCACAAGGCAGAUUUCAAUCUCCUCCAUGUGUUUUCUUGAGUAGUGCUUGCAUUCUUUCCCUUACAUCGACUGAUGAUUAUAGCAUCCAAACUUUUCUAAUUUCUUCGCAUAGUCUUGUGCUUUGUGAAGAAUUCUUGAGCAGCCUUUUAGAUUAGAACUGGGUUUUGUUUUUUUUUCCUUUUCAAGUUCUUUUUUCUGUCUUGGAAUUAAUGGCGAUAUUGGAGAAUUCCAUUUCGACAGUACUUCAAAUGGUUCUUGGAUUUGUCUUCGUUGGCAGCUUGUUUGUUUUCAUGUGUACUGAAGGCCAGGAAGAAAACAUGACUACAAUUUCAAUAGCUCCAAUGCAGAAACAAGAGCGAGAAGCCCUCUAUUCUGCCAUUCAAGGUUUUGUGGGGACGAUGUGGAAUGGCUCAGAUCUGUAUCCAGACCCUUGUGGAUGGACGCCAAUACAGGGAGUUUCCUGUGAUCUUUACGAUGGAUUUUGGUAUGUUAGUGCAGUAAACAUUGGACCAGUUUAUGAAAACUCUCUCCGGUGUAGUAGAUCAGGAGCCAAAUUCACACAUCAUUUAUUCAUGCUCGAGCACCUAAGGACACUCUCAUUCUUCAAUUGCUUCUUUUCACCACACCAAAACCCAGUAAGAAUCCCCAAUUCAAACUGGGAAAACUUCACAAACAGUUUAGAAUCCUUGGAAUUUCGAUCAAACCCAGGUCUCAUUGGAGCAAUUCCAAACUCCAUUGGCUACCUCAAAAAGCUUCAAUCUCUAGUGCUGCUAGAAAAUGGAUUGACAGGUGAACUUCCUCCAGAGAUAGGCAAUUUAGUGUCGUUGAGGAGACUGGUCCUUGGUGGAAACCAGUUUUUGGGUCAGAUUCCAGCAAGUUAUGGAGGGCUCACCCAGCUCUUAAUUCUUGACUUUAGCAGGAAUAACCUAUCUGGAGUAUUGCCUUUGAGUUUUGGGAAUUUGACUUCACUCCUCAAGCUUGAUUUAAGUUACAAUAUGUUAGAGGGAGAGCUGCCAACUGAAAUUGGAAGCCUGAGGAAUCUCACAGUCUUGGACCUUGGGAGAAAUAAUCUUUCUGGGGGUUUGACUCAGUCACUUGGAGAAAUGGUUUCCUUAAAAGAGAUGGUGAUUUCCAACAACCCAAUAGGGGGUGAUCUCUAUGGAAUCCAGUGGCAAAAUCUUCAGAACUUGGAAUUUUUAGAUCUUUCUUACAUGGGUUUGACAGGGAAAAUCCCAGAGUCCAUGACAGAAAUGAAAAGGCUAAGAUUUUUGGGGCUCAACAACAACAAUCUUUCAGGAAAUAUCUCUCCAGGGCUGGCAUCUAAUUUACCAUGUAUUAGUUCUCUUUACCUUAAUGGAAACAACUUGACAGGGAAACUUGAAUUCCCAGAAUGGUUUUAUAGGAAAAUUGGAAAGCGUUUUGGAGUUUGGAACAAUCCGAAUUUAUGUCACCAGGCUGAAUUGAUGUCGCCAAAAAGCAGUGUUCCUUAUGGGGUAAAAUCAUGUGAACAAGAAACUGCUACUUCUGAUAGAAUUCCAAAUGCCAAGAUGAGUACAGAUCAGGGGAAGUACUGGAAUCAGAAUCACCUAAUAUUUGCAGCUCCUUUGGGAGGUUCAGGCUGCAGGUUGAAUGGAUUCAUGUGGUGGCCUUUUAUUGUUGUAUAUGGGACUUUUGUAAUUCUCUGAUGGCUGGUAUAGGUGUAAUUGUAAUAUUUUAUACUCUCUUGAAUAUCA